AACAUAAAAAGAAAAGGAUUUGUUGUUUGGAUUGGUGGGAAGAAGGGAGCGGAGAGAUGGGAAACCAGAAGCUUAAAUGGACGGAGGAGGAGGAGGAGGCGUUGCUCGCCGGCGUUGAGAAGCAUGGUCCCGGAAAGUGGAAGCAUAUCCUCCGAGAUCCUCAAUUCGCUCAUCCGCUCUCUAAUCGCUCCAACAUCGACCUCAAGGAUAAAUGGCGUAACUUGAGUGUUCCCCCUGACAUUCAAGGCUCAAAUGAUAAGGUACGGACACCCAAAAUCAAAGCCGCCGCUUUGAAUCUAGCUGCCGCCGCCACCACUACUUCCAUCCCUUCUCCAGUUGCUCCCCCCCUUCCCCGUACUGGAUCUUCUGACUUGAAUCUUGAUGAUUGUUGGAAUACUAUGAUGGUCGAUGCAAAGAAUGCUCCCAGGUAUGAUGGGAUGAUAUUCGAAGCUCUUUCAGCAUUGACGGAUCCUAAUGGAUCUGAUGUCACUGCGAUUUUUAACUUCAUCGAGCAAGAAAAACAUCAAAUGCCAGCAACUUUUAAAAGGGUCUUGGGUUCAAGAUUAAGGAGGCUUGCUGCUCAGGGCAAAAUUGAAAAGGUUAACCAGUUGAAAGCAGGAACGCAGAACUUCUAUAAGAUGAAUGGUAAUAGCUUCUCGGGAAUGAGAACGCCAGUUGUAGCCAGACCUAAAGAGGCGAAUGUGAAACCCCGUCAACAAGUACCCACGGUUUCCCAGGGGAAGGUUAAUCACGCAUCAGGAACCGCAGCUUUUAAGCUCGUGGAGGUUGAAAAAAAAUUGGAAAUGGUCAAAGCAGCUGCAGCGGAGAUAGAUAAGAUGAUACAACUGACAGAAAAAGCUGAGACUAUUCUACUACUAGCGGAAGAGUUGCACGAAGCAUGUUCUCAGGGAAAGAUUGUGGAACUGAACUGAGGUUGAUGGAACAAAAGAAGCAGGAAGCACAGUGUUUUGGUAAAUAUAUACUAAUAGUAUAAUAGGCUAUUAGCUCUUGCAUUCUUUUUGUUUCGUAUGAUAUCAACUUAGGAGGAAUGGUUUGCACAAAUAACUUUUGAAGUUCUUUCAUUUACUAAUAAAAGAAAAAUAGGUAGUUGAGGGUAAUUAGCCAAAAACAGAAAAUGUAUUGUAUGGCUUGGAAAGUACAGUAUUAAACUCUUUUUUUUUUCUC